CUGACUGUGGAUACCCUGCCCCCGCUGUCACCAUAUGACUCAUCGGACACCAAUGCCAAAAGACUCUGAAUUCAUAUGCCCUGCAUCCAACUGGACAGCUGGACUUGGAUGACUCACAAGCAUCUUAUAUCUGAAGCUACUUUCUUGAUCCUGGGCCCCAACCUGAUGAUGCUCUUCUCCUCUUCUUGACAAACUCCAUUCACACAUUUGGUUGAGCCAGAAAAUUGGGGUCCUUUAUCCUCCUUCCCUUUUCUUUCACGUCUACUUCAUCAGUACGCCCCUGUCCAUCCUUCCUGAAAUGUACUUCCCUUAAAUCCAGUGUCAAACCAUUGCCACUUCUCCCCUGGAUGUCAACAGUCUCCUGCUGUGGUCCCCCUGCUUUUGCCUUUGUUCCCCCUAUAAUCCACUAUUCUCACAGCAACCUGAAUGUUCUUUUAGCUAUGUAAAAUGAUCUUAUCACUUCAGCUUAAAAACCUGCAAUGGCUUUCUUUGCUUGAGAAAAUAAACCUAAACUCCUUCCUGAGACCCAUGAGGUCCCACAGGAUUUGGUUUUGCCUCUCCUCCCAGUGUCAUGUCAGCUCUUCUUCUCCUUCAUCACACUCCUGUCACGCUGGCCUUCUUUCAGAUCUUUGAAAUGGACAAACUCCUCCUCACCCUGGGGAAGAUUACUCUCGUCAUUUCUCUGUUGCCUCUGUCUUUUUUAUCAGAACUGGUAUUGUGCCAGAGAUGGGCAGUAGGAGCAGGAAAUGAAAGCCUGGAAAGUGCCCAAGUACCAGGUACCAGCUGGUGCUUGUGCCAAGGCUUUGCCCUCCUGUCCCUCCCAUAUCCCAUCUGCCCUGGAAAAGAAGAAAAGAAAAUCAGUGCUGCUUGUGUGGAGCCACCACUGCCAGAGAUGAGGGUUGUGCUGAGCACCCUUGGGAGGUUUGUCCAUCGAAGUAGCUUCAAAUAGCAAGUGGAAAUGUAAGUCCCUUUUGUUCCUUCUUCCUGUUCUUUCAUCACAGAUUUCGAAUCCUUUGGGAUGAAGAGGUAGAAAGUAUGGGUCCUGAGAAAGCCUCUCUGGGCCGAGUGGUCUGGAAAUUCCAGAGGACACGUGUUUUGAUGGAUAUUGUGGCCAAUAUCCUGUGCAUUAUCAUGGCAGCCAUAGGGCCGACGGUUCUCAUUCACCAAAUCCUCCAACAGACCGAGAGCAUUUCUAGGAAUGUCUGGGUUGGCAUUGGCCUGUGCAUAGCACUUUUUGCUACUGAGUUUACCAAAGUGCUCUUUUGGGCUCUUGCCUGGGCUAUAAAUUACCGCACAGCAAUCCGGUUGAAGGUGGCUGUCUCCACCCUGGUUUUCGAAAACCUGGUGUCCUUCAAGACACUGGCACACAUCUCUGUUGGCGAGGUGCUCAAUAUACUAUCAAGUGAUAGUUAUUCCUUGUUUGAAGCUGCCUUGUUUUGUCCCUUGCCAGCCACCAUCCCUAUCCUAAUGGCUGUUUGUGCAGUGUAUGCCUUUUUCAUUCUGGGACCCACAGCUCUCAUUGGGAUAUCUGUUUACAUCAUAUUCAUCCCCAUCCAGAUGUUUAUGGCUAAGCUCAAUUCAGCUUUCCGAAGAUCAGCAAUUUUGGUGACAGACAAGCGAGUUCAGACAAUGAAUGAGUUUCUGACCAGCAUCAAGCUGAUUAAAAUGUAUGCCUGGGAGAAAUCUUUUACCAGUACCAUUCAAGAUAUAAGGAAGAGGGAAAGGAAAUUACUGGAAAAAGCUGGAUUUGUCCAAAGUGGAAACUCAGCCCUGGCCCCCAUUGCAUCUACAAUAGCCAUUGUAUUGACAUUCACCUGCCACAUCCUCCUGAGACGCAGGCUCACCGCCCCGGUGGCAUUUAGUGUGAUUGCCAUGUUUAAUGUAAUGAAGUUUUCGAUUGCAAUCUUGCCUUUCUCUGUCAAAGCAAUGGCUGAAGCCAAUGUCUCUCUGAGGAGAAUGAAGAAAAUUCUCAUAGAUAAAAGCCCCCCAUCUUACAUCACCCAACCAGAAGAUCCAGAUACUGUCUUGCUUUUAGCAAAUGCCACCUUGACAUGGGAUCAAGAAACCAGCAUAAAAAGUGACCUAAAGAAAGUGCAGAACCAGAAUAAGCAGUUUCUCAAGAAACAGAGCCUAGAGGCAUACUGUUUGAGUUCAUCAUCCCAGGGAGUUGCUGGCCCAGAGGAGCAAAGUAAUAGCUCCAAAUUGGUUCUGCACAAUAUAAACUUUGUGGUGAGAAAGGGGAGAGUCUUGGGAAUAUGCGGGAAUGUUGGAAGUGGAAAGAGCUCCCUCAUUGCAGCUCUCCUAGGACAGAUGCAGUUACAGCAAGGGAUCGUGGCAGUCAAUGGGACUGUGGCCUAUGUUUCCCAGCAAGCAUGGAUCUUUCAUGGAAAUGUGAGAGAAAACAUACUAUUUGGAGAAAAGUAUGAUCACCAAAGGUAUCAGCACACGGUUCGAGUCUGUGCCCUUCAGGAGGACCUGAGCAGCCUUCCUUAUGGAGACCUGACUGAGAUUGGGGAGCGGGGCCUCAACCUCUCUGGGGGGCAGCGGCAGAGGAUCAGUCUGGCCCGUGCUGUCUACUCAAACCAUGAAAUCUACCUGCUGGACGACCCCCUGUCAGCAGUGGAUGCCCACGUGGGGAAGCAUGUUUUUGAAGAGUGCAUUAAGAAGACGCUCAGGGGGAAGACAAUCGUCCUGGUGACCCAUCAGCUGCAGUUCUUGGAGUCUUGUGAUGAAGUCAUUUUGUUAGAAGAUGGAGAGAUUUGUGAAAAGGGAACCCACAAGGAGUUAAUGGAGGAGAGAGGGUGCUAUGCAAAACUGAUUCACAAUCUCCGAGGGUUGCAAUUCAAGGAUCCUGAACACAUUUACAAUGCAGCAAUGGUGGAAGCCCUUAAGGAGAGCCCCGCUGAGAGAGAUGAAGAUGCUGCUCUGGCUCCAGGAGAUGGGAAAGAUGAAGGAAAAGAACCUGAAACGGAUUCAGAAUUUAUAGACAUAACAGGCGCCACAGGACUUGUGUCUGUCUCCGUAGUUCCUCUGCACCAGCUCGUCCAGACUGAAUCCCCUCAGGAAGGAACCGUGACCUGGAAAACGUAUCACACGUACAUUAAGGCUUCUGGAGGGUACCUCCUCUCUCUGUUCGCUGUGUCCCUCUUCCUCCUGAUGAUCGGCAGCUCUGCCUUCAGCAAUUGGUGGCUGGGUCUCUGGCUAGACAAGGGCUCACAGAUGACCUGUGGGCCCCAGGGCAACGAGAGUGCGUGUGAGAUGGGCACAGCGCUGGCAGACACAGGGCAGCACGUGUACCCAUGGGUGUACGCAGGGAGCAUGGUGUCUGUGCUGACCCUUAGUGUCAUUAAAGGUUUCACCUUCACCAAGACCACACUGAUGGCGUCCUCUUCAUUACACGACCGCGUGUUUGACAAGAUCCUAAAGAGCCCAAUGAGCUUCUUUGACACAACUCCCACUGGCAGGCUAAUGAACCGUUUUUCCAAGGAUAUGGACGAGCUGGAUGUGAGGCUGCCAUUUCACGCAGAGAACUUUCUGCAGCAAUUUUUUAUGGUGCUGUUUAUUCUUGUGAUAUUGGCUGCUGUGUUUCCUGCUGUCCUUUUAGUCCUGGCCGGCCUUGCUGUUGGCUUCUUCAUUCUUUUACGCAUUUUCCAUAGAGGAGCCCAGGAACUCAAGAAGGUGGAGAACAUCAGCCGGUCUCCUUGGUUCUCCCACAUCACUUCAUCCAUGCAGGGCCUGGGCAUCAUCCACGCCUAUGACAAGAAGGAGGACUGCAUUAGCAAGUUUAAGAUGCUAAAUGAUGAAAACUCCAGCCACCUCCUAUACUUUAACUGUGCUCUCAGGUGGUUUGCUCUAAGAAUGGACGUCCUCAUGAACAUUGUUACCUUCAUUGUGGCCUUGUUGGUGACUCUGAGCUUCUCCUCAAUUAGUGCUUCAUCCAAAGGCUUGUCUUUGUCUUACAUCAUCCAGACCUGUGUUCCUGAGUGCACUCACCCCCUCAAAGUGGAAACCUGUCCGCAUGACUGGCCCAGCCAUGGGGAGAUAACAUUCAGAGACUAUCAGAUGAGAUACAGAGACAACACUCCCCUUGUUCUUGACGGGCUGAACUUGGUCAUUCAAAGUGGGCAGACAGUUGGGAUCGUUGGAAGAACAGGUUCUGGAAAGUCAUCAUUGGGAAUGGCCUUGUUUCGUAUGGUGGAGCCAGCCGGUGGUACGAUCUUCAUUGAUGAGGUGGAUAUCUGCACGAUUGGUUUGGAAGACCUCAGAACCAAGCUGACUGUGAUCCCUCAGGAUCCUGUCCUGUUUGUAGGUACAGUAAGGUACAACUUGGAUCCCUUUGAGAACCACUCAGAUGAGAUGAUCUGGCAGGUUCUGGAGAGGACAUUCAUGAGAGACACAAUAAUGAAACUCCCGGAAAAAUUACAGGCAGAAGUCACAGAAAAUGGAGAAAACUUCUCAGUAGGGGAACGUCAGCUGCUUUGUAUGGCCCGAGCACUUCUCCGCAAUUCAAAAAUCAUUCUCCUUGAUGAAGCCACCGCCUCCAUGGACUCCAAGACCGACACCCUUGUUCAGAGCACCGUCAAAGAUGCCUUCAAAGGCUGCACGGUAUUGACCAUUGCCCACCGCCUCAACACGGUUCUAAACUGCGACCUCGUUCUGGUCAUGGAAAAUGGGAAGGUGGUCGAGUUUGACAAGCCUGAAGUCCUUGCUGAGAAGCCAGAUUCUGCAUUUGCAAUGUUACUAGCCGCAGAAAACAAAGUUCGACUGUAGAGGUCCCUGAUGGGGCCACAUCAGCUGAUUUUAGAGGAGGAGGAGGAUGCUUCAGAUGAGUUGGAGGAGCCUGCAGGAGAAGGGCCUGCCAUUUCCGCAGGCAGCCCUGGCCCAUAGUUCCUUCCAUCCCUGACAUAUAAGUUGAGCUAGGGUGGAGGUUGCUGUCCUGCCUUACCCAGCCCAUGCCUCCCGACCUCACCUGGCAGGCUUGGGGUUGGUUCUGGGUGGUGAACUGAGGCAGAAGAAACUAAUGGAUUAAAAAACUGCCCCUCACCUCCUAAAACCCCAAGGUCCCCAUCAAUGUGUCUCCAUCAAUACCACCUCAGUGCUUGAGAUUGGAAACAUUGUAACUUUCAGUUAAACCUGAUCAAACGGAAUGGGAAAAUGCCUAAGGAUGGAAUUUGUAAAAGUUUCCUGCCUUGUUACCAGAAGGGAAAAGAGCAGAGUUUCCUUCCCGUUAAAGUCCUAUUCACAUCUAUUUUGAGUGUGUGACAAGCAGUAACUACACAGAUCUGUAGCAUGAAAGACUGAUUACAGUGUUUGGUGAAAAAUUAAAAAAAAAUCAUAUUAUAUGUUCCAUUUGAUCUAUUAGAAUAACGAGGAAAACAAAAGGUUGGAGUUUCUCUAUAAAUGACAUUUUUAUAUCUUCUAUAUUGGUCACUAAAAUGCAGUAGGAAAUUAAACUACCCUGAAAUGUUGCCUUGCAAUUAUUUUACUGAAGAUCUUCCACUUUCUGUACUACUUCCUCUCACAGACCCUAAUUGCUUUCUGCGUACACUCAGUAAUAAACCCCCACAGC